GCCUGAAAUGACUUCGUCUACGCUGGCCCUCGUUGACGAUGGCAGUGGCGUGUGGCUGCCGACACGCGACCACCGGACCGUAGGUUGGCCGCUGACUGGCAAUCCACUCCCAGUAGUAGUGAUCACGGCUGCGUACUUGUACUUCGUUAAGGUGGCCGGUCCCCGUUGGAUGUCCAGCCGUAAGCCCUUUGAUCUUAAGGCCUUCAUCUUCGUCUACAACCUGUCAGCCGCCCUCUUCAGUGCCUAUUUUGUGUGCCGCUUCGUGAAGCUCGCGUACUGGGACCUUGGCUACACCUUCCUACAGGACCUCGACAUCUCCGACUCUCCGGCGACCCUCGAGAUCGUGCAUUUGUCGUGGUGGUUCUACAUGUUCAAGGUAUGCGAGCUCGCCGACACCGUGUUCUUUGUGCUGCGAAAGAAUAACCACCAGGUCAGCACGCUGCACGUCGUACACCACCUGAUGGUCACCUGGAACAUGUGGCUGAAUUUGACCUACGGCGCCCAGUCGCAUGAAAUGUUCAUCAUGUGCAUGAACACGUUUGUGCACGUGUUCAUGUACACGUACUACUUCCUCGCGGCGCUUGGUCCAGCCUACAGGCACCUGCUCUGGUGGAAGAAGUACAUGACCAUGAUACAGAUCUCGCAGUUCGUCCUCCUGUUGGCGCACGCCGUCGGCAUGGUGUUCGCUAAAGGAAAUUACGUGCGCCUCUUCGCGUGGCUUGAGCUGGCGGAGGCAAUCCUGUUCUUAGUGUGGUUUGUGGUCUUUUACAUUCAAGCUUACUCAAAAAAGAAGCCCUAGAUCUACGCACCGUUCCGUCUGUGAACUAAUGCGUUGUCCUUUUUCUUUUACGUUGUAUGGACAACUGUUAUUUCGAUUACUUUGAAAGUAAAGAGUGUCUGAGACUGUACGCAAGUGUGCGAAGUAUAACUAUAUGUGCUUAUAAGGAAGAGAUUAUUGUUUCUGUACCUAUAGUUGCUUUGUGGUACAAUGCUCUCUAUUGAAAAAAAGAAGAGUUUUGUGUUUUAG